AUGUGGCGACAGGAGCUCCGCUGGAUGCGCCACGUCGUGCGCGCACCGGACCACGAGCUGCGUCUCGAUCGCUGGCUCCGACUGCAGUUCCCGUCGCUGCCGCAGAGUUUCCUGCAGUCUCAGCUGCGCAAGCGCAAGAUCCGUCUGCAGUCCGUCGACGUCGCGUCGCCUGUCAAAGCGACUCGCGCCCAUUCGGUGCUGCGCGAGGGCUCCGUCGUCGCGAUUGACGCGCGUCUCUUCGAGUCAAAGUUCCAGUCGACACCGACUCGCGCACGGACAGAGCGUCGCGAGGAAGAGACGCGACGGCACGAGACGGUCGAGAAACGUCGAGACCAGAAGCGAGCAGAGCGCCUGCGCCAGUGCGUCGUGUAUCAGGACGCGCACUUUGUGGUGCUCAAUAAACCUCAGGGACUGGCCGUGCAGGGAGGCUCGAAACUGACCGAGUCGCUCGACCGGUACUUACCUUUUCUGGCCACGUCCAUGCGCAGUAGUGACCGCUGCCAGCACGAGCGCAAUGACGACCCUGUUGACGACGAAGAGGACGAGCAGCAGAUACAGACGCUGCGAUUGGUGCAUCGCCUGGACAAAGCAACGUCAGGUGUGUUGGUGCUCGCGCGUUCCCGUCUUGCAGCCGCCAAAUUCGCGGCGUUGCUCCGCAGCGGUGUCGUGCACAAGACGUACGAGGCGCUCGUGGCAGCCCCACGUUCGACAAGCGGUCUGAGCUGCGCGAGGUGGCAAACGUGGGCAGGGCGAGAGGUGGACGUGCCUGUGGACGGCAAAGCAGCGCGUACACGCGUCGAGCGCGUGCGGCAGCACUGCAACGACGAUGACUGCACGGAGCGUACAGGUGGAGUUGUCUGGCUGCAGCUCCGACCUCGCACGGGACGCAAGCACCAGCUCCGUGUGCACUGUGCACAGGCCUUGGACGCGCCCAUUGUCGGGGACACGAAAUACGGCGGCCGUCCAGCCGAUCGGCUGUACCUGCACGCAAGUCGCAUUCGCUUUCCUGACCCGUUUGCGGUUGGAACGUUCAUCGACGUCAAGUGUGGGACGGAGCAUUGGGAUCGAGUGGAGGCGGCGAGCAGAUGA